CCAACUGUCCGAGGAAGACCAAGCAAAUGGCUGCUGCUAUGGCACCGGCCACCCCACUUCGCCUUAAACCCUACGCAGCUCUUCGCUAUCUCUCACUCUACACCAAACCAAACCCUUACCCUAACCUCCUCCGCAAUUGCCCCAAAGGCUUAACGAAGCCCCUCAUUCCGUCAUUUUUUAACCGCCCGGUCCCAUUCUCCGGCGCCGGCCUGGCCGUAACUCGCCGGAGAUUAUUCUGUAAUAUUGUCUCCGGAGCUCUCCAAUCAGGCGAGGCCGUGGAGAGGACGAAACCGGAAUUUGCCGAUAAGCCGAGGGCCGAGAUGGGCGAGAAAAUUGGGGAGUUCAGGAAGAAGCUGAAGAUUGCGGAUAUAAAGGGCGAGCCUGAUGAAGGGUUGGGUCGCGUGGGGCAGACCCUGGUCGUGAUGGGCUGGGUUCGGACUCUUCGGGUUCAAAGCAGCAUUACAUUCAUUGAGGUCAAUGAUGGUUCAUGCCUUUCAAAUAUGCAAUGUGUGGUGGACUCGGGCGCUGAAGGCUAUGAUCAGGUAGAAGCUGGUUCAAUUGCAACUGGUGCAUCAAUAUGGGUGCAAGGGAUUGUGGUGGCCAGCCAAGGAUCAAAGCAAAAGGUGGAAUUGAAGGUCAAGAAAAUUGUAGUGGUCGGGAAGAGUGAUCCUUCCUAUCCAAUCCAAAAGAAAAGGGUCAGCAGAGAAUUUUUGAGAACAAAAGCUCAUCUUCGUCCAAGAACAAACACUUUUGGUGCGGUUGCUAGGGUAAGGAAUGCAUUGGCCUUUGCUACGCACAAAUUUUUCCAAGAACAUGGGUUUGUUUGGGUUUCAAGUCCUAUUGUUACAGCUUCAGAUUGUGAAGGCGCGGGUGAACAGUUCUGUGUGACUACUUUGAUACCAAGCUCCGGAGAAGCUGUUGGUUCUCCUUUGGAUGCCAUUCCGAAGACUAAGGAUGGGUUAAUUGAUUGGUCACAGGAUUUUUUUGGGAAACCCGCAUUUUUGACUGUCUCAGGCCAACUAAAUGCUGAAACCUAUGCUACUGCUCUUUCUGAUGUGUAUACAUUUGGUCCCACGUUUCGUGCAGAAAAUUCUAACACAUCUAGGCACUUGGCUGAAUUUUGGAUGAUUGAGCCGGAACUUGCAUUCGCUGAUCUGAAAGAUGACAUGGCCUGUGCAACUGCCUAUCUCCAGUACGUAGUGAGAUAUAUCCUCGAAAAUUGCAAGGAAGACAUGGACUUCUUCAAUACUUGGAUUGAGAAAGGAAUCAUUGAUCGACUGAGUGAUGUGGCCGAGAAAGACUUCGUGCAGAUGACUUACACUGAUGCAAUUGAACUUCUUCUAAGAGCAAAUAAGAAGUUUGAAUUCCCAGUGAAGUGGGGAUGUGAUUUGCAGAGUGAGCAUGAACGUUACAUAACUGAAGAGGCAUUUGGUGGAUGCCCUGUUAUAGUCAGAGACUAUCCUAAGGAGAUCAAAGCAUUCUAUAUGCGGCAAAAUGACGAUGGAAGGACUGUUGCAGCAAUGGAUAUGUUGGUUCCUCGGAUUGGUGAGCUUAUUGGUGGAAGCCAGAGAGAAGAAAGGCUUGAAUAUCUGGAAGCUCGUUUAGAUGACUUCGAGCUGAAUAAGGACAGCUACUGGUGGUAUCUUGAUUUGCGGCGUUAUGGUUCAGUUCCUCAUUCAGGGUUUGGUCUGGGCUUUGAAAGGCUUGUGCAAUUUGCAACUGGAAUGGAGAAUAUAAGAGAUGCAAUCCCUUUCCCAAGAACACCUGGUUCAGCUGAAUUUUAAUAUCGAAAUUGGCAUUGCUCUCUUCUUCUUUGGCUCAUUUUUUUUUUUUUUGGGGGGGGGGGGGG